AUGGUUUACAUUAAUUCUGAUGGUACCAUUGGAACAAGACCAUGGCAUAAGCAAAUAUCACUUUUUUUUUGGGGAUUUAUACAUUUCAUUACCGCAUUUUUUCAAACUCUAAUAAAUCCAGCUCUUAACGGAAAGGGCGAUCAAUAUGAAAGAAAUUAUAGGAGACCAGGUGGAGGAGGAGGUGGUGGACCACCAGGUCCUCCGGGUAGAAGAGUUGGAAGAAUAGCUACAAUUCAAUCGUGUAAAGCUCCAAUGCCUGGAGGAGGAUGA